AUGUCCGACCGCCGUGCUCCAAGGCGCAGUCGAUCGCGAUCGCCUUCGUCCUGGCGGCAACCCCAGAAUCGCCCCCGCAACGAACGAGACUACCGCGACCGGCAAGAUUCGAAUCAAGGAUGGGAGACUAGAAACUCGCGCGGCUCGGGCCCUUCUCGAGAUAUGCGCGACCAAGUGCGUCUCAACCAGAUACAAGAGGAUGAACAAGCGCGCGAGUGGGUAGCGCAAGAGGAUAUUUUUGUGCUCAAGCAAGCCAAGAAAAAGGCGGAGAUUCGAGUCAAGGAAGGGCGAGCAAAGCCCAUUGACUGGCUCACCGUUACGUUGCGUGUGAUCGAUCCGACUAGAGAUCCCCUCGACGAUGAGAUCGCCGAUUCAGAGUUGGACGUGGUAGAUCCUGAUGGUGUAUUUGAGGGAUUGUCGCAGUCACAGCUGGAAGACCUGGAGCACGACAUUGACACUUUCUUGAAAUUGGAGUCAAAUCAUCAGAAUCGAGACUUUUGGCAGACCAUGAAAAUUAUUUGUCGAGAUCGUCAGAAGACUUCGGCUCCCCAAGGGCGCGCACUAAGUUCGGUAGCGGCUGAUAUCAAUCGACUGUUGAGCCCCAAAUCAUAUGAACAAUUACAGACGCUGGAGGUGCAAGUCAAGAAGAAGUUGAACUCGAAUGAACCUAUUGACACGGACUACUGGGAGGAGCUUCUUCGCAGUUUGACAGUGUGGAAGGCACGAGCAAGAUUGCGAAAUGUCUACCAAGAUGUGAUCAACGAGCGUGUCCGCGAUCUCAGGAAUCAGCAAAAGGCAGAGGCAGAAGCCAUUCGACAGAAGCUCGCUCCGCUUGCACCCACAGUCCCUGUAGAUGAUUUGUCCCAGGUGUUUUCAGACUCGACCGAAUUCAAGGGCUUGGAUCCGGAUCCAUUACUUCACGUCCGUCAGGAGGACAAGGGGCUAGAAAUUAUGGACGAGAGCGCCUUUCUUCGUCAAGUUGCCCAAGAACGUCAAAAAAUAUUGCGUAUGGGAUUUGUUCCUCUGCGGCAGCGAGGCGCUGAGAGAACUGCCAUCAUCACGACUGGCGCGGCGUCUACGAGCGUGGCAACAUCGGGAGUGCCUGGUCGCUUCUCCGCCAUUCCCAAUGAUGAUUUCUCGCAGGCCACCAAGGCCCUCUACGAGAGGGAAUUGGCCAAGGGUGUCAGUGAAAAUGAAGAGAUCUUCACUAGCGAAGAAGCCGUGACUACGGCGUCCAAAUCGCAGUGGGCGGGUAAGUACCGCCCGCGAAAGCCACGGUACUUCAACCGAGUCCAGAUGGGAUAUGAAUGGAACAAGUACAAUCAAACCCACUAUGACCACGACAAUCCGCCACCUAAAGUGGUCCAGGGCUAUAAGUUCAACAUUUUCUACCCGGAUCUGAUCGACAAGACCAAAGCCCCAACGUAUCGCAUCGAACGAGAAGCCGGUCGGAAACGAGGGCAGUCCUUCGCCGAGGCAGGCGAAGAAGACACGUGCCUUAUUCGAUUCACGGCUGGGGCACCAUACGAGGACAUUGCCUUUCGCAUCGUGGAUAAGGAAUGGGACUACAGUGCGAAGCGUGAGCGAGGGUUUAAGAGUACUUUUGACAAGGAGCACUUGGGCAUUGAAGGGUAUUCUCCAGUUACAUUUCCAAUUCAAAAGAAUUUAUUACCGCAAAUGAGCCAGUCCAACAACUUCUGGGGAAAAGACAGCUUCGUCAAAGUGCCGACUUUGGUUGACGGCAGGUUGUCUCGAGGAGUUGUGGUCGCCAGAAAGAUUCUCGGCAUGCUGGGCAAUUUCUUGGACGGCGCUGACCGCUUGAUCUCAGCGGUCGUCGACCGGACUGAAUGA